ACAUCAUUAGUAAAUUGUUUUCCAUCUCAUCUGUUUUUAUUACAUUGUAUCAUCCUCAUUAAUCAAUUGUACCCAAUGAACGAUCAACAAUUUAACAUUGAUUAAUAUUUUUUUUUCAUCUCAUGUUAACCUACAAUUUGUAAGUCGGAAAUUAAAAUCUUAACCAUCAACAAUUAUUCGAUAAUCAUUCAAUUAUAAUUAUUUCUCCGCCAUCUCUGGUUAUUAUUUAUCUUUUUCCACUAUGGGUAAAUUGGUUGGUCUUCCGUUUUUGGCUUUCAUCUUUGGAUCCAUUGGGUUUCUCGGUUUGUUUACAAUUCCACCGAUCGUGAAAACGAUAAUUAAUCAGAAAGUGGUUUUGAAAAAUGGGUCAGUUCUUUACCCAUUUUGGAAAGAUUUACCUCUUCCUGUUUACCAUAAAUUUUAUUUCUUCAACAUCACUAAUCCCGACCAAGUGGAAUACGAAGGUGCUAAACCAAUUCUAACGGAAAUUGGACCAUUUACCUAUCGAGUGAAAGUGUUAAAAUCAACAGUCGUCAAUGAAAAUGGUACAAUAAGCUUUCGACAAACCAAGAGAUGGUUUUUUGACAGAGAAAAGUCAAUAAUGGAUGAAGAAGUGACCAUCAACACUAUAAAUGCUCCUCUAGUGAUAACCUUAAGUCUCUUGAGUAGAGUGUCACCUCUUGCACAGAAAUUAAUCGAAGACACCUUAUCAAUUCUGGACCAUGGAUUUAUUAUCGAGAAAAGUAUCAAAGAAUUGACCUUCGAAGGUUAUAAAGAUGUUCUCAUGGCUUUGGGUCCCUUCAUUGCACCCGAAGCAACCGCUGGUUAUCAUGGUAGAUUUGGUUAUUUCCACCAUAAAAAUGGUUCUGAUGAUGGUCUGUUUACUGUUUAUUCCGGUGUUAAUGAUAUGAGAAAGAUUAACCUAUUGACUCGGAUUAAUGGACGAGAGAGAUUAAAUAUUUGGGCUGAUAAACCAGAAAAUGAGAGUUCAUGUAACCGGUUUGAUGAUAGUACUUUGGGUGAGAUUUUCCCUUCAUUGAGAGAUAAUCCCACGAGAAUCAUUAAGAUUUACACAUCAGAUUUAUCGAGAUCUCUUUCACUUAUCUAUCAAAAGUCCCACUACGCAUUCAAAGGAUUAGAAACCUGGAGAUACAAUUUCUCUGCCGAUAAUUUCGCCAAUUCAACUGAUUAUUCACCUAAUAAAUGUUUCAUCAGUAAAAUGACUAGUCAUGCCUUUGAUGGAUCAAACGGAAAUUUACCUUCCGGCGUUUUUGAUGCAUCAGCCUCCAAUUUUGGUUUCCCUAUUUUCAUGUCAUCACCUCAUUUCUAUCAAGCUGAUCCUUACUAUUUAGAUAGAGUUAUCGGAUUAUCUCCUAAUCCAUUGAAUCAUUCAACUUGGAUUGAAAUCGAGCCAACCUCUGGGGCCACCGCAGCGACGACGAUCCGUUUACAGAUCAAUUUAGGAAUAAUUGACAGCCAUUUAUUUAAACGAAGUCAUCAUAUGCCGAACAAUUUUCCAGCUCUUUGGAUGGAAGUUGAAACUUCACUUACUUCCGAUCUUGUGAAUAAACUUAUCAUUGCCAACACAAUCUUAUCACUAGUACCUACUCUAGUUUUCGCCAUAGGUGUUGGUUUUGCUGGUUUAAUCCUGUUUAUCGCUUUUCUUCAAUUGAUUGUUCCCCAAAGAAGAAUCAGAUUUGCUGGUUGUUUCAAUAUUCUUACUUGUCAUCUUUAUAAAAGUGUCAAGGAUGACGAGCAAACAAUACUUGACUCUGAUGAGAUCAAUGAUAAUCGAAAUGAUUUAUUUACUAAUUGAUUCUUAACUAAUUGACCCAAACACUAUAUCUGUGAUACUUUAAGUGGCUGUCGCCGGACCCAAUUUUUUACCAUGGACACAAUGAGACAAAUUCAAUUAUGACUUUUUAAUGACUUGAAGAAAAUAUCAUGUAAAUUAAUCUUCAUCUUCAUCUUUUCUAAUCAAUAAACGUGCAGUUGAACUUUCCUGA